AUGGCUACCUUGGCAUCAGCUAACGUGGCGAGCUUCGUCUCCGUGAAGCUCAGUCGUGACGGACUUGAUGACCAAUACAACUACGAGACAUGGAGCGAGCAGAUGUCGUGCCUUCUCGAAAGCCAGGACUUGAUGGAAUUCAUCGAUGACACACCUCCCCCACCAGAAAGCCGUGACGACAAGUGGAGGCGGACCGAUAGGCUCAUCAAGGGCUGGAUUCUUGGAGCGCUCAGCGACGAAGUUAUUAAAACUGUUGUUAAUUUGCCUAGCGCAAGUGCUGUGUGGAUGAAGCUCAAAGAUAACUUUUCUGAAACCCGAUCACCUUCGCCUUCGCCUCCACCUCCCCCGCCUUUCGCCGCCGUCUCUUAUAAAGGAAAAAAGUGGCGUGAGGACACGAAAUUGUACAAAAGUGCACUAAGAGGUGAUUGGGAGACGGCUAAAAAAAUUGUGGAUGAAGACCCCAGUGCCAUCAAACUGAGAAUGGGCUUCAAUUUAGAAACAGCCAUCCACGUCGCCGCCACCGUGGGGAAGCCGGAAUUUUUGUCGAACCUACUGGAUUUGAUCUCGGAUGACGACUCUGUAUUAGCCUUAAUAGAUAAGUUUGGAGAUAAUCCACUGCACUAUGCUGCAGCGAUGGGGGACUACGAGGCCGCGAAGAUACUGGUCACCAGAUAUCCUGACUUGCUCUACCAUUCAAACAUUUAUGGCUAUUUCCCCCAUCACUCAGCAGCUGAUUUCGGUCACAGGAAAAUUCUUCAGUUGUUGAUUUCCAAAACCAAUCAUAAUCAUCUCAAUAAUCCAUUUGCUGAUGGUGGAGGACGUUUUCUUCUAGAAUUGAUGAUUUGUGCUGACCUUUUCGAUAUAGCAUUGGAAUUGGUUGACAAGUAUCCUUCUAUUGUCACGGUGGAUCCUCGUCGGUCUAUUGGUCCAGUUCUUGUUAGAAUAGCUAAGAAGGCCACAACAUUCUGUGUCGACGAUCAAUUCAGCUUUUGGAAACGUCUCAUAUGUAUUUUGAAGAUGAAUAUGAAUCCAAAAUCAUUUGACAUUGAGAACCAAACUAUUCUAGAUACAGAGCAUCCAUGGUGGCGCAAACUUGUUCUCAAAUUGCACUCUCGUGGAGUUAUCAAAUACUUGGCGUUUGGCAUUAAUAAGUAUCAUGAAAAGAUAAUGCUGCGUAAGAAAGCACUCGGGCUUGUGAAAUGCUUAUGCAAGCACAUGGAAUCGUUAGACUAUGAUCUUGCAUCAGGUAUUUGCGAAAUAACCAUUCUAGCCGCAGCCAAAGCAGGAAAUCGUGAUGUUGUAGAAGAAAUUGUUGAGGUCUAUCCUCUUGCAAUUUAUUUUAGGAAUUCUUCUAGUCAGAGUUUUAUCCACUUGGCCGUAAAGAACCGAUGUGAGAAAGUGUUCAAUCUCUUGUAUCAAAGCACAACAUACGACUAUUCAAAUGAAAUCGACAAUUCCGGUAACUCUAUCCUUCACUUGGCCGCACGUUUGGCACCCACUCACAAGCUCAAUUUAGUAUCGGGCGCAGCUCUCCAAAUGCAGCGUGAAUUACAAUGGUUUCAGGCCGCUAGUAAGUUUAUUUCUCCUUAUAUGAAGGAACAAAAAAACCAUAGUGGGAAAACCGCUAAGAUGAUAUUUACAAAAGAACACAAAAAGCUAAAAAUAGCAGGAGAGAAAUGGAUGAAAGAUACGGCAACCUCAUGUACUAUUGCAGCAACAUUGAUUGCCACUGUUGUGUUUGCUGCAUCGAUCACAGUUCCCGGCGGCAACGAACCAAAGUUUGGUUAUCCUGUAUUCCACAAUUCAACUGCGUUUACAGUAUUUGCAGUUUCAGAUGCAGUUUCGCUCUUUACAUCCACCACUUCGCUCUUGAUGUUCUUGUCCAUCCACACAUCGCGAUAUGCAGAAGAAGACUUUUUAUAUGCUUUGCCCAAGCGACUAUGCAUCGGUCUAUUCACCCUUUUUGUCUCCAUCCUAUUCAUGAUGAUUGCCUUUAGUGCGACGGUGUAUCUAGUGUUUGGGCGGAAGAAGUCGUGGGUUCUGUUGCCUGUGGGUGCACUAUCUUGUCUGCCCAUUUCUUCAUUCGUGCUGCUGCAGUACCCACUUCUCAGGGAUGUCAUUUCUUCCACUUAUGGCCAUGGCAUUUUCGGCAAGAAGAAGGAUCGUCCAUUUCCCUAACACCACUUCCACCACUUUUAGAUAUCAUCAUUACUUCUCUUGUUUUAUUUUUCAUGUCCGGAAUCGGCCACUUAAUUUAACAUUGUUGGAAAUAAAUAUGAGAGUCUCAAGAUUGUGGGAAAGAGUACCUUUGGAGUCUCAAGGGAAUAUAUAGUUAUUAUGGUAGAGUCCCAAGUUCAUAAGUCCCUAGACACAUUUACUUCUCUAGUCCUAUAAAUAGAGAUGUACAAUGUAUCACAAAGAACAAUUCAAAUCAAUCAAA